AAUAUAAGACCGUUUGUAUCCCACAUUUUUCAUCACAAACACAAAAACAACAACCUCAAAAAAAAUAAUAACAUGACAACAAAAACAACCCUCCUCUUCCUCUUCCUCCUCCAUGUCUCGGUUACCGUAGUUAACUCCAUCGGGGUUAACUACGGUACCUUAGCAGACAAUCUGCCACCACCAGCAACCGUAGCAAAUUUCUUGAAAACAAACACGAUCGUUGAUCGUGUUAAGAUCUUCGACGUGAGUCCACAGAUCCUUCAAGCUUUUGCUAACACGGGAAUAUCUGUAACGGUUACGGCGCCAAAUGGGGAUAUUGCUGCGUUAGGAAAUAUUAAUUCGGCACGUCAAUGGGUUCAGCAGAAGAUUAAACCUUUUUAUCCUGCUACUAAGAUUAAUUAUAUUCUUGUUGGUAGUGAAGUUCUUCAUUGGGGUGAUGGUAAUAUGAUUCGUGGUCUUGUUCCUGCUAUGAGAACUCUUCAUUCUGCUCUUGUUGCUGAGGGUAUUAAUGAUAUUAAGGUUACUACAGCUCACUCAUUAAUAAUAAUGCGACAAUCAUUACCACCAAGUGCCGGAAAAUUCAGACCAGGUUUCGCCAAACACGUAAUAGCACCAAUGCUGAAAUUUCUAAGAGAAACAAGAACACCAUUCAUGGUUAACCCAUAUCCAUAUUUCGGUUACAAUCCAAAGAACGUGAACUUCGCGUUAUUUAGACCAAACCGUGGAUUGUUCGACAGGAACACCCGACUAACUUACACAAACCAAUUCGAUGCUUUAAUGGACGCUGUUUAUUCAGCAAUGAAGGGACUUGGUUUUGGUGAUGUGGACAUUGCUGUUGGCGAAACGGGCUGGCCUUCAGUUUGUGAUGGUUGGGAUGCUUGCAGCGUCGCGAAUGCUCAGAGUUAUAAUGGUGAGUUGAUCAGGCAUUUGGAGGCAGGGAGAGGCACGCCGUUGAUGCCAAACAGGAGGUUUGAGACUUUUCUUUUUGCUUUGUUUAACGAGAAUCAGAAACCUGGUCCGAUUGCUGAGCGUAAUUGGGGUCUCUUUCGGCCUGAUUUCUCUCCUGUUUAUGACUCUGGAAUCUUGCGCAAUGCACAGAGACCAGUAGCACCGGUACAACCAAGACCAGUAACACCCGUACAACCAAGGCCUGCAAUUGGGAGCUGGUGUGUGCCGAAGCCGGAUGCAAGUAACGCAGCGUUACAAGCAAAUAUAAACUAUGUUUGCAGCCAAAAAGUUGAUUGCAGACCAAUCCAACCAGGAGGUGUUUGCUUUGCUGCCAACAAUCUUAGGGCUCUUGCCACUUAUGCCAUGAAUGCUUACUAUCAGGCUAUGGGAAGACAUCCUUUCAACUGUGACUUCUCUAACUCUGGUGUUAUUGUUUCUACUAAUCCAAGCCAUGAUAAUUGUAGAAUCUAAGCAUGUUUCUUGAAGGUCAUAAUCAGAAAGGCAAGGUCAAAUCUAAGCAUCUGAAUAGAAGAGGGAAAAAGGAGUGAAUGUGGCUUUGUGUUAAUUCAUGACUUUAUGAUUAUGCAUUCAUGUACUUGUUGUCUUGAUUUAUUUUUUGGAGGGGUUGUUGUGUUGAUUAUUGUAUAUUAGUUAAAAAGAUGUUAACAUUGGCAUGACAUUUCAUGCUUAAUUUAAUAUAAUAUAAUGCUCGUUUGUGGCUAUAACUAUUUGAUAAA